UAUAGCAGUUACAAUUCAAAGUGCCGGUAUAGACCCAGUAAAAUGCCACCGCAAAUCUGAAGGAAAAGACUCCAGGCGACCUUGUCCCUAUCACAACAUUGCUAUAAUAUUGUUUACUUUAGCGCUGUCUCUAUGGCAACAAUAAUAAAGCCAGGUCGGCUUGACUGGGAAGAAAAAGCUGUCUGACCUUCACAGUCUGCUUGUCUAAGGGGCAUUUCAUACAUGGCACAUAUAUGAAAAUAGAAGCAUUUCAUAUAUGAAACAUGUAUGAAAAUUGCUUCUCAUGCAAUAUGUGAUUGGUAAUGUCUCCAGCUCAACAAAUCCCUACAUAAACAACACCAGUGGUGGAGCAACUGAAUUUGAACAAAGGCUGCUGGUCAGUGAUACCAGGAGCAAAAUAACAUUUAUAUGUAUAUAGUUAGACUUCCUGGUAUACAUGCUGGUCUAACAGGUGACACACCAUGGUGUAGGGACUAGUGGUGCACCACAUCACAAUGUGGAGAAAUCAAAAGGAUGACAAACUAUAUAUUUUAAGUGUGAACUACAUAAUUUGCAAGUUAUAAUCCAAUAUGAAAAUGUAGGUCUUACGCAAGUUUUUGCCCAAAAAAAGUAAAAAGUAAAAAAAUUUUACACUGAUGUUCAGAUGUCAAAUAAGAUGAUUCUACAAGGCUUGCCAAAUGAUAUUAAAGGUGUCCCAAAUAUUGUUGCUCUCUGCAGCAUUGAUAAAAUGAUUAUUCUUGAUUUCAAUGUGUGAAACGUGUGAAAUGUCAACACAGUGACAGUGUUACUUUGAACUGACUUAACUGUUGAUCAACGUUUCUCCAAAGAGAGCAUAGGUCAAUUAUUCCAUAACCAUAGACUAUAUUAAUUUAAAAACAAAAACAAAUACACCUAUUGUAUAGUAAUAUAUUAUUGUAUAGUAAUAUACAAUAGGCCAAUGAACAUAUGCCACAUCUCUCACCGUUGUUGGACCUAUUUUGGUGAGGGGAAAAUAGUCUGAUUUAUAGAUAGCAACCAUUUUCCAAAGUUAAGUGGACUAGUGGAGAGGGAACAAGAAUAGUACUUGACACCUGUAUUUAGGCUAUCAUCAAUGGCAACCUUGUACUGAACUCCUACUGAUUGGAUCAUUGAUUGUUUUCUCUCAUUGGCUGGCUCGGCUGUCAGUCAGGAGCUGCACUUGCUGGUUUGUUUAAACCCCUUGAUUUACGCAGGGCGACUAAUCUUCGCUCAGACUACAUUCACAGGAUUGUGGCGCAGCGUCUCCACGCCGAGACGCAGACAGAGCAUCUGUUGGAUUACAACUUCACUUUGAAGACGAGCUCCAUCUUCGUUCCCUGCCGCACAGGAGUGAUUACUUGGAAUGAAUAGACGUGUAAAUGGAGUUUAAAUCGUUGUCGUGACUAUUCUUCACCGCCUCGCACCUUGCAGACUACUGCGUAUUGAAGUUGAAGCAGCAUCCAUACCUUCGCGGCUCUUUCCUGUGCAGACAUGGGAACCGUCCUCUCCAUAUCUCCGGCGUCAAAGAAGGCAUCUAUAAUGGAUGCCGACGUCGCAGGAGAUGGAAAAAACGAUAAGAGCCUUAAACGGCACUCUAUGUUCGUAUCUCUGUCUUGGAAGAAGCUGGUGACCAAUUCGGCCAAGAAGAGCGCAAAGAAAGUGACUCCGAAUCCGCUGCCCGCCCGUGAGCUCCCGUCCAGCCAGGUGGCUCAGCUCAACAACGAAAACAUCAAGAAGACGCACCAAAACGAAGAGAAGAAACCCAAAGCACCGAUCCCAGUCCCGGUGCCCACGGUGCCUACGCAAAACAACGAGGCUGUCAACCAAAACGGAAGGCUCUCUACGGUCCAGAAACAACCCAGCCGCCUGUCUCUGCUGUCCCCCAGGCGGAUAGUCAUCCAGGCUUCAACCGGGGAGCUACUGCGCUGUUUGGGGGACUUUAUGUGCCGCAGGUGUUAUAAAGUGAAAGAGUUAAACAGCGGAGAGGUGAUCCUCUGGUUUCGAAACGUUGACCGGACUCUUUUGCUCCAGGGCUGGCAGGACCAGGGGUUCAUCACGCCGGCUAACGUGGUGUUCGUCUACCUGCUUUGCGAUGAUACAAUAGAGGACACCGUUGACAACCCCGCCGAGCUACAGGGCACCUUUCAGACUUGCCUCUACCUCGCAUACUCCUACAUGGGCAACGAGAUCUCCUACCCACUCAAGCCGUUCAUGAACGAUACAAACAAGGACGUUUUCUGGGACACGUCGCUCCGGAUCAUCAACAGGAUGAGUGCCAAAAUGCUGCAGUUGAACGCAGACCCGCACUUUUUCACCGAGGUCUUCCAGGACCUCAAAAACCAACGGGAUAGCAGCGAGCCAAUCCUGGACCGCUGACAUGGAAACAAACGGACACUUGUGUGUAUUUUUAAAACAUGAAUGUUAUGUGCAAAAUCACAUAACUGGGAUGGUUUUGAAUGUAAAGGCCAACGUUGAAGGCUUCUCACAUCUGGGCUGAAUCUCUCUCUAAUGGUGUUACACAACUUCAGUAGGGUGUUUAGGCAACAGGAGUUUUCAUAAAUGCAUGCCAAUGGUAAUAUUGUCCUAUUCUGUCUUGUCCCUUGAGUGAUGCAGGGAUUGACUUCGCGUUACAAACUUCUCCUUAGGUGACAUUCAAAUCCCCAUUUCAUUCAUGAUUAGCCCACUUUCUGGGUUAGUGAGUGGAUGUCGCAGUAAGGUGACCGAGGCAGGACUAGAAUAGACCCGUGUUUGUGAGGAGUGGAGAGGCGGAGCUGUCCGAGGUACUGACCUGUGCAGUUAUUUCUCCCUUUGCUCCCUGCUAUUUGAGUCACUUGGCCCCACAACAGAGCCAAGUGUGGCUUAAGAGGACCAGAGUCAGCCCAGUGCACCUUCAGCACAUAAGCCUAAGCCUUGUAAGAAGAGGUAUAGCUACAGUAUAUUGUACUUUUAAAAACUCUGAGCCACCUGUCAACACAGUCACAUGCAACAGAGCAUGUUUCUUUAAGCAGACAAAACACUGUAGAUGUUCCUCUCUGGGUAUAAGAAAACAUCUGCAGACUUUAUCUAGAUGAUAAAACACUAUGCUGCAUGGCUAUCUGCAUAUCUGAUAUGUUUCAGCUCCUCUUCUAUGAUUAAAACCACCAAUGUCUCCAUAACGACCACCUCACUUUGAAUUAAAACGACUUGGUUUUGCCUACCAAGAUGACACUGUAAUGAUGCACUGUAAGUAGGCAGUGGGUUCAAAUUUAGUGUAAGGGUAGGGGGCAAAAAUGGAAAAGUAGUGAAGGGAGUAUCUUCUCUCUGGAAUGAGAUAAACCAAACUAAAUGGGCCUGUAGCUGGCCAUAUAGCAAGAGUAUCAAUCUAGGGCCUCUGUUGUGUAUUGCUUUAUAAUAUAUUGCAGAGGCUAACAUUACUAGAGACUGAGAGGAAUGUACAGUUUUUCAAGAGAUUUUUGCAAAAUCUCACGUGUGCCAACUAUUAUUUAAUCUUGGCCUGAUACUGUAUGGUUUACAUGUACAUAUCCCACAUUUACUCUUUAUUUUAUUUCCCUCUGCUUGUUUUGAAGAUGGCUGUAUAUGAUGUAGUUCAAGCAUAAAAACAAAUAGAGGUCAAUGGUCAAAUAGUCUUUUUUUGCCCUUUUCUGUAAAUGUGUUCUAGGGCUCGUUUCGCUGGGUUCAGUUCAGCAAAGACAAUUUCUCAAAAUGUAAAUAUUGAAUGUGAAGGGUGUCUUGUUGUUAAGUGACAGAAGACUAUCAUUUGCACUUGCGUGUCAGACACUAUAAGCUAAAAGAGAUUUGACUCCUACUCUGAAACCAAGCUUACAGGGCAAACCUGACAGUCACUAUUCAGUAUUAUGGUCCUUUUAAAAGCUCAUUGUGAUGUUGUGUUGUGAACCCAUUGCUUGGAGAGUGGAAUGUAAUGCUGCUAUUUUGCACAGCUGUGAACAAAGCUUUGGAUGUUUUGCACAGUGUUAUAACAUAAUGGUCAUGUACCAGUGCUUUAUUCCAGGCGCUGGAGUGUUUGCCAUUAAGUUUGCAGUUAAUGUCACCAAUGGUUCUAGGAUGAUCAUCUGUGAACUAGAUCUUUAGUACAGUUUUUUUUUUUUCCUGUGUUUCAUCGAUGGAAAUUGGUAUUUAAAUGUGUAAAGUUGAACCAGUGUGUUGUCAUAAAAUAGGUUCCUUGAUAAUGCACUCUGGUGUUGCACCACCAUUGAUUUCACUCCCUCUACAUGUUAUGUUACAAUAAAAGGUCAAUACAAUAAUUGUUUAUGGUGACCACAUUUAAAUAAAUCCAAACUUAUGUAGGA